UCUUUCUUAGUUUUUCUCCAACACCAUCACGCCCGAAGGUGACUUCAAAAGUAUUGAUCUGCUCUGCUUUGUGUAACGAAAAGCGCCCCGCCCGAGUAGAGCUUUCCCCACCUUGGGCGCCUAUGUCGUGUCUAAAUAAACACAUAUGCGCAUGAUAGAGAAGUUAAUACUAUUACUGGUUGCACCCAUCACCGGGGCACGGGUCUCGACGGAAUGAGCGGACGCGGUGGCGGACGUGGCCGCAUCUCAUCGCUUCAAGCCUUUGAUGCAAACGAGCCCGGCGGGGGUGGGCGUUAUGGAGGUCGUGGGGGCGGUCGCGGCCGGGGUCGUGGUAGACGACCCCUCAAUGCAAACCUAAACUACAUGCCGAGAGACGGUGGACCUGGAGGCAGCGAAGAGGACAACAACAUCAAGCUUGCACAAGUUCGCGCGGAGGAUGUGCUGGACGAGCAGCUGGGCUUCCCGCUCUUCACCACCGGGGACGACCGCUUGGGCUGGCUCAUGAACAUACAAUCGUCCCACAUGGCCGAC